AUGGCGGACUCUCCAGCCAAAGCCGACGGCGGCUCCGAACGGAGGCCAGCGGGCUACAAGUCGUGGAAAAAGAAGUAUCGAAAGAUGCGUAUCGUCUUCGACCAUAAGAUGCACGAGUGCGAGGAGCUGCACAAGCAAGAGGCCAAGGCCGCCAACACGGUGAAGCGCUUGGCCAUAGAGAACGACCGGCUUCUGGAUCUGCUCCUUGAAGUCAACAAUUCUCCCCAGAUCCCCUCAGACCGACGGAUAGACUUGUCUCUCAAGCCUCCCUCAGACGAGAAUGCCCUCUGCUUGCCCAUGGACCGCGACCGCAGCAAGGACAAGGAGGCUGCUAUGAAGAAGCUCGAACAGCUGCUCAGCGACAUCCCCCAUUCGACCUAUGGCUCUGCCAAAGAGACCAAAUCCUCGUUCCUUGCCGACUUGAGUACGCCUGAUGGCGAGUCUCAUCCUGCACAUUUCCUCUCUGCCGACGACAUUGACGACUACAUCUACCUUGUCGAUACUGGGAUCGACCCUGACUCAACCCUGCCCACGAUGGCGCCGCUCGCUCACCCCAUUGCCCGCCCCCCUUCAAAUCCCCAGACCAAGAACCCUACUAGUGUCACGAAUUGGCUGCGGAAACAUGCGCCCAAGAUCUUCCUUCAAGACGGAGAGACGCAUGGUGAUGGCGACGACGAGGCUGCGGGAGCUGGCACGGGCGCUGGUGCCGGCAGCAGUCAUGCCAGCGCGCGAAAGCCGCGCGGAAGUGCUAAGGGAGAGCGCGGUGGCAGCAAAGCCAGUGGCAAGGGCAAGAAGGGUGGCGCGGCUGCGCGGCUCAGUGCCGCGGCUGAGCGCGGAGAUGGCGAUGCCAGCAUGGACGACGAUGGCGAUUUCGGAGCAACACCCGUGGCCCGCAGCAGCAAGCGUAAGAGGGACGACGAUUCCGGAUAUAAGCCUAGAGGGUCUUCAAGCCGGCCGACCAAGAAGAAGCGAAAGAGCGACGCCGAGGCGACCCCUACGUCGCGUAAAUCCAAGAAGGACGUUGCAGCUGCUAGCAAAGACGAUUAG